AUGCCACCGCAAGGCUCUCUGGAACUUGUAGUCUUCCUGGUGAGGCGCCGGGGCACGCAUGCGCCUUCAGGGUCCCCGGCGGGACAAGGGAGAACGGGCGCAGGGAGUGACCCCUCUGGCGGCCGAGUCCGGGGCGCCUGGCUUCCCGGUGUCUGGGCGGCUCGGGGCGGUGUUUCUGGGGCGACCGGCCUCCCCGGCCCCCGGCUCACCUCUGCCUUUGCACCUCUCCCAGGGUUAACUGCUCUUUUUACUUUAAAUCGGGGCCUGCCGGCACGGGGACCGGCGCUCCCGGCUCCACAACAAACCAACUUCCAGCCAGGUCACGUGAGCGACGUGGAGGUGCAGGAACAUGAUAACUUCUUCGAGGAGGUAUUCACGGAACUGCAGGAGAAGUACGGAGAGAUUGAAGAGAUGAAUGUGUGCGACAACCUGGGGGACCACCUUGUGGGCAAUGUCUACGUCAAGUUCCGAGAGGACGCAGAUACGGUGGCUGAACUCAAUAACCGCUGGUGCAGUGGGCAGGCUAUGCAUGCUGAGCCGUCUCUUGUCACUGACUUUCGGGAGUCAUGCUGUCGGCAGCACGAGAUGGGGGAAUGUACCCGAGGUGGCUUCUGCAUCUUCAUGCACCAGCGACCCAUCUCUCGGAACCUCAGGCAACUCUAUGCACGGGGACCUCGGCACAGGUCACCCCCAAGGUCCCAUACUGGCCACUGUCCCGGAGAAAGAAACCGACGGUGUUCACCAGGCCACUGGCACGGCCGCUUCUGAGUCCCCUUGUCCUCUGCCUCUGAUAGGCAUAGAAGUUCCUGGCCGGUGCCCUUCCUCAAAGCUCCCUCAACUUCCCAGCACCAUCUUCCCAGGAUCCUGGGCUCUAUGUUUUAAUCUGUUCAACACAGACCUCUGCCCAUCCCCUAAUAAAGUUCUGUGUUGUGGGUUGAUAGCUUUGAGCCUGGCUGUGGGCUGGAGUUUCCUUUCACGCCCCACAUCUCCUGAUUAAAAGGGGAAGUGGGGCUGGGCUUUGACCACAAUCUCAGUUGAAAACU